AUGGAUGAUGGACUAAUCGACUCGUGCCCUCAACGCGCGACACCACCUUGUACCGCUGCCACCAUCCAACCCGCGGCAAGCUCAUACACGUCUUCUGCCAUCCACGGCUCUCUCUCACAAGGCAAACGAACGGAUUCCAACGUCACCCGCCUGGUGCACACCUCGGCUGCACAUCUUCACCCGUCAGGACGGCAACACCUGGGUCGGCUGCGCACCCACGUCGAUCCGAGCUGCCUUGCAUUCGAGCUCAGCGAGCCACAUGGCCCGGCACAGCCACACCCCUUCCUGACACCCAUCCCGGAUUGGACGCCCUUGCCCUCCUCCUCCUCGUCCUGCUGCCAUCGCGUGGGCCGCCUGCCCCCCGUCAUUGCAUCGCCUGGACAAGCGCAUCUCUGUAAGUACUGGAUCGGCUUUGUCGCCGCGAUUCGCCCAGCACAAGCUUGCCACACUAUCAACACCGACCCUUCCGCCGACGUCCUCGCCCGCCCGCCCGCCCGCCCGCCCCUUCGCCGCCGCCGCCGCACCCGAGUCCUCCUCGUUCCGCGCAUCAAGUCCGCCCUGUCGCUUGCACAUCCCUCUUCGCCCACGCCCCAAACCGGUCCAUCUCGACCCGGUCUCGCUGCGACCAUCGCCAUCAUUCACCAGCAUAGCCUCAAUCGGCUCGUUGAUGCACCCUCCGAGCACCUCAGCUCCUCUUUCAUUCCCGCGGGCCCGCCGCCCAUACAACACCAGUACCGCGUCCUGCUCUGCUUCGACGCCAACGACUUUAGCGGCCCGCCCCUUAUUACUGCACCGUAUCCGAACGAAGCACGGCCGGAUCAAGCGAUCAGUCGCCGUGGACAAAAGCUGACCUCGAUGCCUCCCUUCGCAACCAUCUCGCUUCCGAUUCCUUCCUUUCAGACCGAAGAGCCCAGCCCCUUGACGCCCGGCUCCGACACUUCGACGCUCUUCGAGUUCGAGCUCGACGAUCCUUUCAAAUCGUCCCUGGACUCGGGCAAAGACUUCGAGCUUGCUUCGCCUUCUGACCACCCCCCGGAACCUUUGGAAGAGCAAGGCACUCGCAGCGCACCCUCCAUCCCUUCUCGACGCCUCAGGUAUCUCGAGCGCAUCGAAAAGGUGCUAGCAACCGAGCUCAAUCCCUUCGACCUCAUCGCCUACUCCGACUCGGACCACAGUACUAUCGGUGCGCCCGAUUGCCAUUCUCGUCCCGCCGGGGCUGGCUGCAACGACGCCGCCCUUCCCACACGCGUCGACAUGCAGAACACCGGCGCCUCGAGCACACAACACCACUUCAAUGACCCCGCCCAGCAGCAGGCGCUCACCGACAACGCCUACAGCGGAGCGUUCUACGAUCCAUCCUCCGCUGAUGGCUACAGCGCGCCAACCCAGACCAGCUUCCUGAGCGCAGCGCCGGCAUCCUCCUCCUCCUCAUCCAUCCUUUCCCAGCCAUCUCCCGCCGCAUCCUCUUCCGACCUCAAUCACCUCGGAGCGCCGAAUGCCUUUCGCGACAACAAUGUCAACCCAAGUCCGCUCUCCAGCCCCUACCUCGGAGCGAUAUCUCCGGCGGGCUCGCACCACCGCUCGGGCUCUCACAGCUCCGAGGCGGCGAGCCCACCUCAGUUCGACAGAGGCUUCAUUUCGGACCCGGCACUGUCUCAGACUGUCGGCCAGAUCGGUCAAAUUCGCCUCGAUGAGGAUCAGCGCUACCCACCCACCUUUGAAGAAAGCUCGGACUACGCCGGCUCGCCCGCAAAUCAGGCCGCUACCAGCUCACAAGGCGCAGAUGGCUCGACGUUUCCGUCAACAAAUAACCAAACGUUCGGCGGCAGACCCGCCGGUAGCACCCCGCAACUCACGCUGGGCAUCCCCACCGUCUCUGUCUCUGGCAGCUCGAUGGACUUUACGCCAAUCGCUGCAACCGCUGACACUGCGAUGCCCCGCAUCAACGUUAUGGCGCCUUCGCCCUCGACGCCAAGAGCCAUGGGUGCGCACGGUCAAUCGGGCGGUUUCCAGGACGUCCUUGCUCAGCUAGUCGCCUCCCACGCCGCUACCUCGGGCAUCUCUGCGCCAUCGAAUCAGCCCGAUGCCUCCAGCAGCUGGCUCCAGUCCGAUCAGCCCUUGACCAUGCACAACGAGCCAUUCAGCUAUGCCUCGACCCCAGGCACAACCGUCGAGGCUCAACAGCCAUCGUCGAACGAGCAGCCUUUCCGACCGAACUUGGCUAGCGGUCGACUGAUUCCCGAAGGAUACACAACCGAGUCGGCUCAGAUGAUGUCGACCUUGGCUGGCAACCCGCAGCGCAAUCCUGCCGUGCACGCGCCCGGCCAGUGGUCGAGCCAGGCCAAGCGUCAGGACUCGUACGACAAGAUCCGGCAGUUCUUGCGUUUGGACGUCGACAUGGGAUUCCAAUCGACGGGCAAGACCGAGUCUCCCACGCUCGCCAUGUUCCGCAAACGUGCCAAUUCGGAUAUAGGUCCAAGAUCCCCAGUGGUCGGCGGCGAUGCGGGAGCAGCAGGUACUGCGUUCGACUGGUCGCUUGCUGCCACCAACGCAUCCAACGCGAAGGACCAGGACAGCCUCGACAUCGACUGGACGCAUUUGAAAGCAGACCCGACAGGCUUCCAAGGUGCAUCAAACGAGCUCGGCUCCACCCAGCCGGCGACGAUGAACCCUGCUCUGUUGAGCAAUGCCCAGCUACCUGUCGACCUCUCGCAGGCUUUUGAUCCUAGCAACGCUGCCCUUCUGGCCAGCUGGCAGCAGCAACAAGCCCUCAUGCAACAACAGCAACAGCAGCAGCAGCAUCAACAGCCGUACCAGCAGCAACACCAACAGCAGCAGCAGCAACAACAACAAAUGCAGCAGAUGAUGGCGCCCGUCUUCCAACUGAACGGCAAUAACAACCUGAUGGGGGAAUCCGACUUUUCCUCUCAGCUGGGCGGAUCGGGGCCGGGCGAGUUCAAUCCACAGUGGCGCUUCCCCGGCGACGGGACUCAGUCCGCCAAUUUUGCAGGUGGUGCGUCUGCCCAGCCGAGACUGCGAAGAUCCAGCAGCGCGCGACAGAGCUCUGCGGGUGGACACCGCCGACUCACGCACUCGGAGGACCUGUCGCGCAGCCGAAUGUACCAGGGCGCUGAUGAGGACUUCCUCGCCAAGAUCACCGCGCCAGACGGAGGACUGGCGCCGCCGUCGGCAGGACGCUCGGUGUCGUCGAACAACGCUGGUCCGAGCAACCACCAGACGUCGUCGCCAAGGGUACACCCCUAUCGCACAGGCCACGACCGACACUUUUCCUUUGGGUCCAACACGUCCAACAGCAGCGCCACAUCUGCGUCGCCGUUGCCGCACUUCAGGGGCACGGUCGGUUACGAUGCUGCAGGGAACUUGGUGCAGUAUUCGUCUGACAUGUUUGGCGAGAUGGGUGGAGGCGCGGAGGAUGCUGCGCAAUCGCCAUCGGCAUCGAGCGCGGCUUCGGCAGCGAGCUCGAUGCUGGGAGCACCGCCCGUGCCGGUUGUCACGAGCCAGGCUACGCAAGCGGCUUCGGCGUCGCGGCGAAAGUCGGAGGCGCUGUUUGCGUGCCCGAUUCCGGGAUGCGGCUCGACGUUCACGAGGCAGUACAACCUGCGCGGCCAUCUGCGAUCGCAUGCGGAUGAGCGGCCGUACAAGUGCGACUGGCCCGGUUGCGACAAGAGUUUCGCGCGCUCGCACGACUGCAAGCGCCACCAGAAUCUGCAUCUCAACAUCAAGCCGCAUACGUGCGAGCAGUGCGGCAAGACGUUUGCACGUCUGGACGCGCUCAACCGGCAUCACAAGAGCGACACUGGCGGUUGCACCACCAAGAGCGACGGCGAGAGCCAGUCGAACGAAACCGACGGGUCGUCGAUCUCCGGUGCCUACGAUGGAGCCGAUUCGGAUCGCGGUAGCCAGCAUUGGGGUCAAGGCGAUGCGGGAGCAGCAGCGGCUACGACAAGCUCCGGCAAGACGUUUGGUGGCCAUGUGCUUUGA